AUGGGUUUCAUGUUUCUCUUUAUCACCUUACCACAAACAAUCAAUCUCUAUUUCAUUUCGGAUGACUUCGAAUUGAUCGUGGAGAAUCUAUCGGUAGCAAACAUCACUAUCACGAUAGCUCUAUUGAAGACAGCAACUUUCUGGUCCAACGGGAAAACUAUGAAAGAACUUAUAUUACGCAUGGAAAAUGAUCGAAGAGAAGCCAAAGUUCAGGAGAACGUUAGGAGGAUGAUGAGAAUCGCUGAUAUCAGCAGGAGGAUAACAGCUGGAAGUAUCAUAAUGUGUAACUUUCUUGUCUUUACUUAUGUGACAUUAAGAACUCUCUUGCUACCAUAUACCGGACGAGAUUUGUAUUAUCAUGCCUAUUUUCCAUACAACACCAGUAUUUUUCCGAAUUUCGAACUAACCCUGAUUGGCCAAAUUACAGCGGCACUUUACGCAGCCAACAGUUACACAGCAGUCGACACUUUCAUGACUAUGUUGGUGCUACACGUGUGCGAACAAUUUUCGUGUCUCAGAAAAAAAUUGAACAAGUUAUGCUGCGAAAGUAACAAUAAUUUUAGAAUCGAUCUAGCAAGGAUCGUGGAAAAGUACGAUAUGCUUAACAGAUAUGCUGAGACAAUCGAAGACAGAUUCAACGGCAUGCUGCUCAUCCAAAUGCUUGGAUGUACAAUACAACUCUGCGUUCAAUCGUAUCAAGCAAUUUCGGCUCUCGUAGAUGACGAUCAAGGUCUGUUGAUAGUCCGACUAUUUUUUUUUGCUAUAUACACGACAUACGUCAUGCUUCACAUCUAUCUAUAUUGCUACGUCGGUCAGAAACUUUUUUCCGAGGGGACGAAAAUAGCUUAUGCCGCGUACGAUUGCAAAUGGUACAAUCUGUCACCGAGCGAAGCUAGAUAUCUUACAAUAAUAAUGUGUCGAGCACAAAUAUCGUUGCACAUUACAGCAGGAAAAUUUUGUUCCUUCAAUCAUCAGCUUUUUGGCAACAUUUUAAAAACAUCCAUGGGUUACUUGUCGGUUCUAUAUGCGAUGAAGACCAAAGAUGAGGAUUAA